UGCGUGAAGUACGGCAAAGACCCUGGUAGACGAGUCUCCGAUCGAACACGAUUCCUGAUAAUACUUACGAAAUGCUGAAGAAUUAGCGCUUCGCAGACCACAAAACGAAAAGGCCUAUCGAACUGCCGAGAACCAAGAGUCAUCGUUCAAGAUAAGCCGAUUGCAUUAUUGCGAGACAGUCGAAUAAGACAUUGAACAAAGCGAGGAGUACAAGCAAUCAAACAUCGUCAUCGCCAGGAUUAUAGAAGAAGAGUGGUCUCCGCGACCAGCAAAAACCAAUCCUCCUACCACUCCCGCAGAACUCAUCGCCAUUACCAUGGCCUCUGCAACCCCCAUCGAACCCACAGGCCGCUCAGCCUUCUUCUACGGCACCCUAAUGGCUCCCUCAGUCCUUCACCGCGUCUGUCACGGCAUCGCAGACUCAUCCAAUCCACUCUACGCAACCCACAACCUCAAGACUUAUCCCGCAAUCCUCCACAAUCAUCGACGCCACCGGGUCAAACAAGCCGACUACCCAGGCGUCGUUCCAUGUCCCAACUCUUCUGUUCGCGGAACAUUCGUCACAGGCCUCACAGAUGCCGACAUCUUCCGGUUGGACAUCUUUGAAGGCGACGAAUACGAGAGACGGCCAGUCAAGGUCAAAGUGUUGAAGGAAGAAGGCGAUGCUGAGACUGGGGAGGGCAAUGUUGAGGGCGAAGAAUUCUCCGCCGAAACCUACAUCUGGACAUCCUCACGCGACGAUCUCGAAGACCGCGAAUGGGAUUUCGCCGAAUUCCGUCGCGAAAAGGAGAGGUACUGGGUAGGAGCCAAGGGAGCAGGAGAAUAUGCAGGUAGACCUUCCAUCAUUGAAGUCGACGAAGCCGUUGCUGCAGCUCAAAAUAUGACUGACGGGACGAGAGGACGUGCCGCACACGGUGGGCACAUCACUAACGCUUUAGUCGAGGAGCAGAAAAAGAAGGUCUCCACUUAGGUGGUCCUGGCAGAGGGUUUGAGCAUGGCGUUGGAUACAGAUGCGGACGCAACAUUGCGAUAGAGAUAGACGGAAAGUUUCAAGAGACAGUAUAUGUCUGAACUGACGCUAUGAAGACCAAACUAUGUAGCUGCAUCGGAGCAGCGAAUGUUCUGUGCGCCUUGUUACGCCCCCCCAUUCACGCGCUGCCUGACUAACAACAUUCCUCACCUGGGGACAUGAGCGCCUUCAUUGCCCGACCUGACUCUGCAGCGCAUCUGGCUGUGAAUCAGGGAUUUCGGCCCCAUCGUUGCCCGUAUUGUCAGGAAAGCCUUCGAAAGUGUCUUCGUCGAGCAUCGACUUGCCCAGUGGAUCCGGUUCACCCUCGUCACCGAUGUCAAUCACAA